CGUGCACUGUCAGAGGACGACAACAUGGCGGCCUCCCUGCGUUUGGGAAGUCGGGGGGUUUUCUUCGGGCUCAGAUUUUCACAUUUUAAAACCCGUUUGUGGAUCAAAUCUUCAUUCCAGGACCACGUCAGGUGUUUGUUUCGGUCCCCGUGCGUCUUCGGUGUCACCCCUCUCAAAGUACAAAUGCCCGCUCUCUCCCCCACAAUGGAGGAGGGAAAUAUAGUCAAAUGGCUGAAGAAGGAAGGUGAGGCAGUUGCGGCAGGUGAUGCACUUUGUGAAAUUGAGACCGACAAGGCAGUUGUUACAAUGGAAUCUAAUGAUGAUGGUAUCCUCGCAAAGAUCUUGAUGGAGGAAGGCAGUCGCAGCAUACGUCUGGGCACUCUCAUUGCCCUCAUGGUGGAAGAGGGGCAGGACUGGAAGCAGGUUGAGAUACCUCCACUAGAGGCUGAAGUACCUGUUACAACACCAGCAGCUGCGGCACCAAUUGUACCUUCUCCUUCUCCACCAAUACAGUCCUCAUCAUUACUGGUACGUAUGAGCCCUGCCGCAAGACACAUCUUGGACACACGUGGUGUAGACCCAAAGCUGGCCACUCCAACUGGGCCAAGAGGACUUAUUACCAAGGAAGAUGCACUGAACCUUUUAAAAAAGCCAUCUGUCUGUAAAGACACCUCUGCCAUGGUUGCACCAGCAACCCCGAAACCAGUCCCACCUCCAGCACCUGUUCCUGCCCCCCCAGGAAGCACACUCACCAUACCACGCCUCUCUGUACCAGGCAAACCAGGGGCACCGGGCACAUUCACAGAGAUCCCAGCCUCAAACAUCCGACGUGUGAUUGCUCAAAGAUUAACGCAGUCGAAGACCACCAUCCCCCAUGCUUAUGCCUCUCUUGACUGUGACAUGGCUGCUGUCAUGCAGCUCCGCAAAGAUCUGGCUCAAGAAGACGUCAAAGUGUCUGUGAAUGAUUUCAUUGUCAAGGCAGUUGCUGUUACGCUUAAAGAGAUGCCAGAAGUGAACGUUACCUGGUCUGGUGAUGGUCCCCGCACGCUCGAUUCAAUCCACAUCUCAAUCGCUGUGGCAACUGGCAAGGGCCUCAUUACCCCCAUCAUCAAGGAUGCUGCGAACAAGGGCAUCCAGGAAAUCUCUGCUAAUGCUAAGGUCUUGGCCCAAAAGGCUCGUGAUGGGAAACUUCAGCCAGAGGAAUAUCAGGGAGGCUCACUAUGCGUAUCUAACUUGGGCAUGUUCGGUAUCAGCGGUUUCAGCGCAGUAAUCAACCCUCCUCAGGCAUGUAUCCUUGCUGUUGGGACCUCCAGGACCGAGUUGCAGCUGUGUGAGGACAACCAGACCCUGCGUACCCAGCAACUGAUGACCGUUACUCUCUCCAGUGACGGGCGACUCGUGGAUGAUGAAUUGGCCGCACGCUUUCUGGAUAAAUUCCGUGCCAACCUAGAAAAACCACAGUGCAUGUGCCUCGUCUGAAAA